GUCGGCUGUUACGUUUACGGAGAGAGAGCGAGGGGUAGGGUUCCAGCCAGCGAUACUCGUUCCACCCCUUCCUCUUUCAAUCUUCCGCUGCCCCCCUCUCCCAAAAACCCUUUCUUCAACUCCCUCUCUCUCUCUCUCUCUCUCUCUCUCUCUCUCUCUCUCUCUCUCUUAGGGUUUCUCCUCUACGCCGCUUCCGAUAAUGGGGUCGUCUCUUCCUCCCAAGGAGGCCAAUCUCUUCAAAGUCAUCGUGAAAUCAUACGAGACCAAACAAUACAAAAGGGGCUUGAAGGCUGCAGAUGCCAUAUUAAAGAAGUUUCCUGAGCAUGGAGAAACCUUAUCCAUGAAAGGAUUAACAUUGAAUUGCAUGGAUCGGAAAGCUGAAGCAUAUGAGCUUGUUCGCCGCGGUCUCAAGAAUGAUCUUAAAAGUCAUGUGUGCUGGCAUGUGUAUGGUCUGCUUUAUCGAUCAGACAGGGAAUACAGGGAAGCAAUUAAAUGCUAUAGAAAUGCUUUGAAGAUUGACCCGAACAAUAUUGAAAUUCUACGUGAUUUAUCACUCUUACAGGCACAAAUGAGGGACUUAACUGGAUUUGUUGAAACUAGACAGCAGCUUUUAACGUUAAAACCUAAUCAUCGGAUGAACUGGAUUGGCUUUGCAGUUGCUCAUCACUUGAACUCAAAUGGUUUGAAGGCAAUAGAAAUUUUGGAUGCCUAUGAAGGGACAUUAGAAGAUGACUAUCCUCCGGAUAAUGAGCGCUAUGAACAUGGCGAGAUGCUUCUGUAUAAGAUAUCAUUGUUGGAGGAAUGUGGUUUACUUGAUAGAGCCCUUCAGGAAAUACGGAAAAAGGAGGCUAAAAUAGUUGACAAGUUGUCAUUUAAGGAACAAAUGGCUUCCAUUCUACUGAAGCUUGGUCAUUUAGAGGAAGCAGAAAAAUUAUUUAGAUCCUUGCUCGUUAUGAAUGCUGAUAAUUACCAAUAUUUUAUAGGUAUACAAAAAUGCCUUGGUUUGUAUUCUGAGAAAGGUCAAUAUUCCUCGGAGGAGAUUGAACAUCUAGAUGAAUUGUAUAAAUCACUAAGGGAUAACUACCAUUGGUCAUCAGCUGUAAAGCGGAUACCGCUUGAUUUUCUACAAGGCGACAAAUUUCGGGAGGCCGCAGACAACUAUGUGAGGCCUCUGUUAACUAAGGGAGUUCCUUCAUUGUUCUCUGAUCUGAGCCCCUUAUAUGAACAACCUGGCAAGGCAAGCAUUCUGGAGGAUUUGUUUCUGCAGCUGGAAGAUUCAAUGAGGACGACUGGAUGCUUUCCAGGAUGCACAAUAAAGGAGCCUCCUUCGACUCUUAUGUGGACUUUAUUUUUGGUUUCCCAGCAUUAUGACAGGAGGGGUCAGCAUGAAGUUGCUCUAGUCAAAAUUGAUGAGGCAAUUGCACAUACCCCAACAGUGAUUGAUUUGUACUCUGUCAAGGGAAGGAUAUUAAAACACGCGGGUGACUUGGCUGCAGCAGCCGCUUUGGCAGAUGAAGCUAGGUCUAUGGAUCUUGCUGAUCGUUAUUUAAACAGUGAAUGUGUUAUGCGCAUGCUUCAAGCUGAUCAGGUUGGACCGGCAGAGAAGACCGCUGUUUUAUUCACGAAGGAUGGGGACCAGCAUAAUAAUCUACAUGACAUGCAAUGCAUGUGGUAUGAACUUGCUUCUGGUGAAAGUUACUAUCGUCAAGGUGAUCUCGGACGAGCUCUGAAGAAGUUCUUGGCUGUUGAGAAGCAUUAUGCGGAUAUCACUGAGGAUCAGUUUGACUUUCAUUCUUAUUGUUUACGUAAAAUGACACUCCGGGCCUAUGUCUCAAUGCUGAAGUUUCAAGACCAGUUACACUCUCAUGAAUACUUCCAUAAGGCUGCUGCUGGAGCUAUCAGGUGCUAUAUGAAGUUACAUGAUGCUCCAUUAAAAUUAACCAAUGAAGAGAGUGAUGAGAUGUCAAAACUGCCUCCCUCGCAAAGAAAGAAAUUGAGACAAAAGCAAAAGAAGGCCGAAGCUCGUGCCAAGAAAGAGGCUGAAGAGAAGGUUGAAGCAGAAGCUACUUCUGGCCCAUCUAAAUCCGGAAAGUCGCAACAUGCCAGGCCAGUUGAUUUAGAUCCUCACGGGGAAAAAUUAUUGCAGGUUGAAGACCCACUAUCAGAAGCUACUAAAUAUCUGAAGCUGCUCCAGAAUAACUCCUCAAGUUCACUCGAAACACACAUUCUUUCUUUUGAACUAAACAUGAGAAAGAAAAAAAUUUUGUUAGCUUUCCAGGCUGUCAAACAGCUGAUCAAAUUGGAUCAAAACAAUCCUGAUUGCCAUCGGUGUUUGAUAAAAUUCUUUCACACAAUAAGCAAUUUCUCAGCUCCAGAGACCGACUCAGAGAAACUAAUAUGGAAUGUGUUGGAAGCCGAACGAAGGGAUAUAAGUCAUGUGCAUGAAAAGUCUCUUUUGGAAGUAAAUAACUCUUUCCUUGAGAAGCACAAAGAUUCGCUGGCCCAUAGAGCAGCAGCUGCAGAGAUGCUCUAUCUUCUAGAGCCAGAUAGAAAGAUUGAGGCAAUUAAGUUAAUCGAAGAUUCCGUAAAUACCACAGCAUCAGGUAACGGGUCACCGGGUGCGGUCAGAAAAUGGAAACUUGAGGACUGUGUUGCAGUGCACAAAAUGCUUGAGACCGUCUUCGUUGAUCAGGAUGCAGCUACUCGGUGGAAGACGUGGUGUGCAGAAUAUUUCCCAUAUUCGACAUACUUUGGAGGGUGCAAGAGCUCAUCCACAGCCCAUUCCGUAACCGUCACCAUACAGAAUGCACCAGAAAAUGGAGUUGCGGCGGAUCCUGAGGCAAAAGAGGAGAUCGAGGAUUCGUUCUCUUCGAAUGGGAAAAUGCAGGCUUUGAAGAAUCUAAGCGACCUAAGUAUUCAAUAGUCUACGCAUAUCCUCUCUGGCCAGGAAAAAAAAAAGGAAUGGGAUGAAAGCUGUUAUAGUUGUGGAUCCAGCAGUAGAAAUGCCGAAUAUGGUCAACUUUUUUUAUACAAGAAACUGAUUAAGGGAAAGGAAGCCUUUCGCAAGAGCACAUUCCUGUCGGUUUUGGCCACCACCGAGUAUAUUUAUUAUUACCAUUUCGACCUAGCAUCUUGAGAGUGGGUCUCUGGACAAAUUUUAAGAAAUUUUUGUGUUGGAAAAUGGUAUUGUUGAUUCUCAUGAUGUAGAUUAUGGAAGAUAGAUAAAAUUUUCAUCAUUUGGUUGGAGAAUUUUGAUGCCCGUGGCUAUUCUGCAGUGUAGAUGGCAACCCAUUAUUAGCUCCUGGUUGUGCAGUGGAUGCUGAUUCAUUCUCUGGUUAUAUUCCUUUAUACUGAUGACUUUAUGUGUGUUUAGAGCUUCCACAUUUACCUGGAAAGCUCGGCAUAAAAUGAGCUUUUUAUCAUGGAACAACUUGUGUCGGCCGCAGAUCUUAUGCUUUUGACUGAAAAAAGUGGGGGUGGAAGUACAUUCGAUUCAAUCUUAAUGGUUCGCUUUUAAAUUUUAUUCAUUAAUGUGUUGCGUAGACUCGCAUUACAAUGGCGAAGAUUAUGUGUGUGAAAGUUUUUGCUAGGGCCGAAUGUUCACAAGGACCCUUUGCAUUUUA